UGUUGUGCUCUUCCUCCUCUCUCUCUCUCUCUCUCUCUCCCUCCCUCUUUUCUCUCCCACUGCCCGCAUAAGAAGAGUCAUAUGUAGUAUUUGGAAAGGAGUACGCGAAGCGGAGAGGAGAUUGCUUCCCUGCCCUACUCGAUAAAAAGGAUCGCCUUUAUCGCGUCUCCUCCUCCUCGUCCUCUUCCUCCUACACGCCGCUUCUCUCCCACGUUCCUGCAUCACUGCCGCCCCUCUUUGUCCUCUCCUCACGAUCCCAAUCGCUCGCUCAAUUCGGCCCGGCGAUGCAUCGGCUGCUCGUUUGCCUGUUGGUCGUGUUUAUGCAUUAGAGAGUUGAAACUCUCUACAGAGAAGGCUGAUGUUUGGCACGUAUUGUAAGAAUCCAAGCCCCUCCUGUUGCAAUAUGGAGGUAGGAGACUAUGAUGAUUUAGACAAGCUUCUUAGGGAGAUACCAAAUGCUACCACAGGAAAUUAUAACAAUAGUCUUCCGAUUCGUAGCACUGCAUUGCUUGGGCGUGAAACAAGUUCCGCAUCUCAGCUUAAAAAUCAUUCUUCUUCAAGUAAUUUGCGUGACUCAUUCAAUACUUUUCAGCCUGCAAAAGGCAAUUGUAGCAACUCUUUGAUCAAGACACCAUUCAGUCAAGAUAAUUCUCAUAACUACUAUCAAACAUUGGGUGUGAGUGUCAAUCAAGAUACUCUCAGAUUGCCAGACGAACAAUCCUUGACAUUGGCAUUCCAAGAUAUGAGCUUUAAGGAUAUAACUUCAAUCAAGUCAGACAAUCUACAUUUGGAAGGCAAUCAAGUGUCAGUUAAUCACUCUUUGCCACUGGAUCCAAAUUAUUCAGCACACUUAAAAAACCUCUUUUCUGGACCUUCAUUGACCAACAGUCCAAUUCUUGUGCCACAUGUUGUGCCCAGGGAAGGGCAUUCGUCCAAUCUGGUAUCGGAAGAUUACACUAUUUUUCACAUAAAUUUUGAACCCAAUAUACACAAUAGAGCUUUUGCAGAUAAUGAUCCAAUCUCCUUUGAGCGCAAUUGUCAUCAUCCAAUGAAUGUGUUAGGUGAUCACACAGCAGAGUGGCGAGACUUCCCAAAUUGCUCUUCUUCCAUGUCUGUAAAUCCUGGAAUCCACUCCUUUUCAAUGCCUAAUGUUCCUAUGCAGGGGCUUGAGUUUCCAGCUUCACAACUCCAGCAGCAAUGCCACAGGGACAGGGAUUUGUCAUGCUCAGAUAGUAUCCGUCAUCAGCAACUAAGUCAAUCUAGUAUGCAGUGUUACAAUGUGGGGUAUGAUAGAACCUAUAGAAGUAAUCUUGAGUGUCAUCGUCAAUGUCAAGAUGGACAUUCAGAAAGAGGAGCAAACAUGGAAACUGGGCUUUUGUCUGGCAAUGAGCCACUACCAGGAGUUUACAUGCCCAUUCCUCUUCAAGCUGGACAUGGUAGUUUAGAUCCUUGUCAAAAUGUUAAUAUGGUCAAUGGAAGAAAUAAUCAGUUGAAUCCUUCUUUACUUAGAAGUGGUAACCUUGGUAGAUACCAUCUUAAUGGAUAUUCUGGUAAGUGUGACAGCUUUAUGCUUCCAAACGGGAUGAAAGAACCAUCAUGUUUUCUAUAUAGUGAUGGCAUAAGUUCCAAUGGACAUGGAGUUCUGGGCAGAUUUGGUGAACAAAAAUUUCCUGAAAAUUUUCUAAUAAAAUUACAUGGAGGGAGUUCAUCUCUAUUUUCUGAAUCUAGUUCUAGUGGAUGUAGUCAAUUGACCCAAUUUACUGACAAUAGUAGGAGGUAUAUGCCUAAUACUAAGAUGAGCUGCAUAUUUCAGAAUAACCGUGCUCUAAACUUGGAUAUUCCAAAAAUCGAAGGUUCCUUUCUUGAUAAUUCCAAUCAGAAAAUGAAAUCUUCAUCGCUGCAUUUAAGAAGUAAUUCAUUAGACAAUAUCAUUGAUCAGUUGCAUUUGUUAGCUAAGGAUCAGAAUCACUGCCGCUCCUUGCAGAGCAUAUUUGAUAAAGUAAAACAAGAAGAUUUUGAUAAGAUAUUUCUUGCAGUCAUCGACCAUGUUGUUGAGCUAAUGACAGAUCAGUUUGGAAAUUAUUUUCUUCAGAAGCUUGUUGAGGUUUGUAAACAGCAUCAAAUAACACACCUGAUUUUUAAAAUUUCCCUUAGUGAUGGCGAACUCCUUCGAAUAUCCUGCAAUCAACAUGGAACUCGUGUUGUACAAAAGAUAAUGGAAACUAUGACAAACGAAGAGCAAUACUCUAUGAUUGUUUCAGCUCUUAAACCUGAUAUUGUCUCUCUGAUAAAGAACACCAAUGGUAGUCAUGUUGCACAACGUUGUUUGGAAUACCUUUCACCAAGAUUCAGAGAGUUCCUUUUUGAACCUGCAAUUGCUAACUGCAUUGAACUAGCAAGAGAUCGUCAAGGUUGUUGUGUGCUUCAGAAAUGCUUGAGUGAGUUGGAUGGUGGGCAGCAAAUCCAAUUAGUUUCCAAGCUUGCUUCUCAAGCUUGCACCCUUUCAGAAGAUCCUUAUGGGAACUAUGUGGUACAAUUCAUCCUUGGCCGAAGGAUCCCAUGGGCAACUACCAAGAUAUUGGACCAACUGGAGGGUCAUUUUCAUAGCUUAUCUAUUCAGAAAUAUAGUAGCAAUGUCGUGGAGAGGUGCCUGAAAUAUGCAGGGGCUGAAAGACGUGCUGCUAUCAUUAACGAGUUGGUUAGCCAUCCUCGUUUCAUUGAGAUUGUACAAGAUCGCUUCGGGAAUUUUGUGAUUCAAUCUGCAUACAAAGAAUGCAAGGGGCCAAUUCAAGCUGCUUUGAGUAAUGCAAUUCGCCGGCAUGAAUCUGUGCUCCGCCUUAAUCCUUAUGGUAAAAAAGUGCUCUCCGGUACCUGUUAUGGUAAAUAACUUGUAUCAUUCCGCCGGCCACCAUCCUGAUUUGGUUAACAUUUUUGCAACAGACCUAGAAACAAUUUUUGCAAUUAGUGUAUAUGAUAUGUAACACAGAAAGCAGUUCCAGAGACUCCAGAAUCAACUGCGAAAUCAUGGAAACAUCGCUCUUUAGUGUAGCAGCAAGCAAGUUUGAUAAUAUUUCGUUUUAAUUAAAACAUGUUUUAUAGAGGUUUCACUACUAUUUAUCACCGGUGGGCAGGAGAGAGCUAUAUUUUGUUGUCCAUUUUCCUGAUGAUCAGUCUUCACCUUGUAGUACUUUUUUUUUAAUCUUUCUUUGUAAACUCUCUUAGUUGCAUAUAAUAUGAUUAAUAUAUAGAUUUUUCUUGAAA